AUGGCGCACGCUCGGCAGCGCCACGUGGCGCCCACGACGCCAACAACCAUGUCAGCGCGCAAAUCGGGCUCCAAGUCAGCUGAGAGUACAAAUAAGCAGCGUAUGAUGCUGUCACAGUAUGUGGGAAUCGAGACGUCGCACGUUGACGUCGAAGCGAAGGAGAAAGAUGGAGAGAUUUCUACAUACAAGUGCAAAAGUCCUUUUUGUCGUCAAAACUUGGUGAAUUGUUACGCACAAUAUUGCGAAGAUAAAAUUUUGUGCCAACAAUAUCGAGCUUUAAAGCUUCAGUGUCUAGCGAAUGCCGAAGGAAAAGAGGAUGAAGAAGACACGAAGCCAUCAUCUAAAACAGCUGAGACCUCUGGAAAAAGAAAGUUGGACUUGAGUCGAGAGCAAAAGAACUCGCCAAGUCCCCGACAAAAGGAAAAAGUGCUCAAGAAGUACAAACAUAAAGACGUAGAUCAAGUAGUAGAGAAAACACGGAAGAAGAGAUUGAAGCGAGCCAUAAGCGAUACUAGUGGGGUAAAAAAAACUUCUGCUUCUACGUCUAUUAAGUCACCUCGUAUGGCAUCUUCAAGUUCAUCAGUGGAGGUUGGAACACUUACUGACGUUAUUAAACGAAAACGACUAAAUUUACGAGCUUUGCGAACUCGGCUCAUUGCCGACUCAAGUAGUGACUCUGAAAAUGAAUUCUCAGUUGCACAACCAGUUAAGAAACGUCGAUUGGUUCAACACAACAAUGAGUCGCGCUUGGUCUCGUCUUCUCCUGUUCGAUCUACCACUGCGACAUCAGGGGAAAUUUGGAAAAUACCAAGGGCAAAACGAAAGACGGCGGCGCAAACACUUAAAAAUAUGAAUGCCGAUCUCGUGCCACUAGGGAUGGCAAACCAUGCUGGAACGGGUGGAGGACGCUAUGUUCAAAAUGGAAAUCGACCGGUCGCACAUCCGCUGGAGCCUUUGGUCAUACGAGAAAAGCCUUCCACGAUAACUAAGAAUGCAUCGCCUGCAGCUGCUUCAGCUUCUGCAGCACCACCAAAUGUCACUUCGAGAGUAGGACAGAAAACACAGUCAACAGUGCCAGCUCGUACUUUGUCACGAACACGACCGUCACUUCCGCCUUUAACGCCUUCGUCAGCCCCACCGGCGACUCGUCCUGUCCGGGGUGUGUUACCUUCGCCAUCGCCUGAAGGAAAGGCUGCAGUAGCAGGCAGCGCGACCACAUCGUCCGCUACACCAAGAUCAGGUACAACCCAAACAGAAGGUCCGGGGGUUCGGCGAAUAUCGGCUACUGACUAUAUUAAAAGCAAGAACAGUGAGUCUGACGGACAGUCACGAGAAGAGCUGUAUGACUAUGGACCUUCGCGAUCUCCAUCUCUGGAUAGCUUGAAAAGCUUUCCACCAUCUGUUACGAACGUGACUGGUCCUCCUAGGACUCCUAACAAUCAUAGUGCAUCAUUUGCGCCGCAUAGAGAUUCUCGAUCCAAUGAAAUUUCCCGUCGACAGUAUGCAGAAGCCGACGCACAAGAUCAACGGCCAAAUUUUGAUAUAAACAGAAGCAGGACGGAAAUUCGAGAUCGAUCUGAGGGGCGCGGUGAUAUGCUUUCAGACGAUAAUAUACCUACAGCGCCCUGGGAAGGUCACAGCUUUUCACCUCGCGAUCACAACUUUUCGUCUUGGAAUCGUAGUGCACCACGUACGCAAGCCUCCUUGUUCCCUAGCAAUAGCAAAAAUGGCUAUGACUGUCCACCCCAAAUUCACCGAAAUCCGAUGCCAUCACCAUCAAGCCAGACACUGUAUCAAAAAGAGCCUCUUUGUGAGCAACCCUUAUCUCCACAGCAUGCUGAUACUUUUCAGCGCUCUCGGACAUUCAAUGUCCCACCUGUAGUGCGUGAUAGGGAAAUUUUUGAUAAAGCGGGUCUGGAUAACGAUUCCGCGUCAUUCUCGUACCAUGAAGAAUUCAUCCCGCGUAUGCUAUAUGUAUUUAUUCACGUGCUUCCGCAGUCGUUGGAAGCAGUUUUUAACGUCACGAAGAAGCCACGAAAGAUGAAUUGGUAUUUAAAGUAUGUUGAGCGUAUUGAACGGCUUUGCAAACCUUUUGACCUCCAAAUUAAGAUGGAAGGCUUGAAAGCGACGGUGACUGUGCGUGAACGGGUUUGGCUUACGUUACAAAAUACUUCGACUGUGAUGUUACAUUUGGAAAUAAUUAAGCAGGUGCGAGCCCAGGCUGUGACAUGGCGUAUAUUGUACGAAGAAAUGGAAAAAUCCCUUGCAUUUUAUAGACAUAAAUAUGGCGACCGAGCCGACCAAAGUUAUAUCUUUCUCCGGGCGUGGAAUGAAUUAAAAGCACCUUUUGGUGAAUUCUCGCUUCCAAGACAAGCAAAUUUCUUCUGUGGCUCAAGGCUCCACCAUUGGAAUUUUGUCGUUGGAUUGGUCGAGAUUGGUAGCGGGAGCCAUGAAGAUAAACGACAGGCUUUUCGGCUCGCAACCAUAAAUGGCUUGCAUUUUGUAUUGGCAUGUGGCCGAGGGACACCGCAUCCGACUCGAGAAAUCGAAGCUGUACGUAAUGCCUUGGAAAUGGAGCCAAAUUUAAGCGAAGAGAUGAAUUCUGGUCUGGAAAGUUUUGCGAGCAACGAUGAACAUGCAUCCCCACCUAGUGUUAAAAUAAAUGAAUACUCCAUCACAUCUGGUAAUUCACCACCAUCUACAAAAAAUACACGGCACGUUGUGAACAAGCUUACUCUUACUGAGCAGAGGUCUACUGAUGGCACAAACCAUCAUUUGGAAACACAGCCAUUGGUUGAUGCACCUCCUACCACACAGCCCAAUUCUUCAGUUGUGCCACCAUCCCCCGUCACUUCACAGAACAUGAAUCAGUCUGAUGGUACAGCAAGAUUAAAAAUUGAUUGCGCCUCUAGUCACGAGAUGAUCACAUCAGCAAACCAGGAUGCGAACAACUUGGGUGCUGCACCUCCGAGGCAAUCGCCACAUUCUUCAACACGUAAGUCAUCUAUAGCUAAAUUGAGCGUCUCUACUUCGUCAGCAUCUGUCACGCAAACAGCAUCGCGUAUUUCAACCUCCGCAUCUGCGAUCUCUACUGUCUCAGCACUUGCAAAUUCCUCCACUUCGCGACCAGUGAGUUCAGUCAAAAGCAACGAAUCGCCUAGGACUAUCGUGGACAUAACAAAACGUGAGAAAGCAAACGGAGGCUUUCGAUCAAAUAACACCGAGGGAUCUCAGACCAAGACUACUGAAGUCAUUUCUCAAAGUGAGUGUAUGAUGUGUGAGAUGAUUCGGCUUCGCAAACCGGAUGGAGAGCGAUGUUUGCGUUGUCAGAAGAAGGGACUUCCUGCAAAUACUGCGUCGUCGCUUGACUCUUAA